GCUUUAAUUAGGAAUAUAAUGGGCAUUAUUUAGAAACGUGGCAAAUCCUGCUAACAAGCUCGAAAGAAAUGGAUUUGAACAUUCUCACUGUUGGUACCUCCGUCAACAUAAAGAGGAGCAAUGGGAGAGUACACAGUGCUGCUGUGAGCAGUGUGGACAAAGAGACCAAUUAUGUGUCAGUCGAAUGGUAUGAGAAUGACGAAACUAAAGGAAAAGAGGUAGCCUUCCAGCAGAUAUACGAGCUUAACAAGGAGCUCUUUGUGAAGCCUAAGCAGGUACCCAACCUCAAGCCUGUCGAGGUCAAGGUUCAAAAGUCAGCAGCCGACAGGAGGACUAUUGCCACACCUCAGAUGGUGCAACGUCCUCAGAGAGCAGUGUCCGAUAAUGUCCGAGCUGGCACUCCUCCCAAUGGCAAGAAACCCGGGAAAAAUAACUCUGGGAUACCGGUGAGAUCUAACGAGACGGCCCCUCCCCCUUUACGAGGGAGGAGUGCAGACAGUAUCGAGCAGCAGGUACCACGACAACCCAUUGUCAAAGCACAGAGCAGACUGGCAGAGGUGCAACAAGAAGUGGCAGGUGAAUCUUCCAAGGAUAAACCUUCCGUGGUGAAGUCCCGCAAGUCCAACUGUGUGAAGGAGGUAGAGAAACUCAAGAAGAACAGGGAAGUGAGAAGAGCUAAACAAGCUGAACAAGUGGCUAUUAGAAAUGAGGACUAUGACCCAACCAACCCCAACUGGGAGUUCUUGAAGAAGAUACACGACUUCCAGUCCACCAUUCAAAUACAGCCACUCUCAGGAGAGGAAGCAGUUGUGUCACAGAAGAUCUGUGUGUGUGUCCGCAAGAGACCUCUGAACAAGAAAGAGACAGGUCGGAAGGAGGUGGAUGUGAUCACAGUUCCAGACGUGUCCAGUACAUACGUGCAUGAGCCUAAGACCAAAGUUGACCUCACCAAGUACAUUGACAACCAGAGAUUUGUGUUUGACUACUCCUUUAACGAGAAUGUGACAAAUGAAACAGUCUACAAGUUCACUGCCCAGCCCUUGGUACACACGAUAUUUGAUCGAGGAAUGGCCACAUGCUUUGCUUACGGACAGACAGGCAGUGGAAAAACACAUACAAUGGGUGGAGCAUUCGAUGGCAAGGAGCAAGACGCCACCAGAGGAAUAUACGCACUAGCAGCUGCUGAUGUGUUUCUGCUCAACUCUCAGCCAGGCAAUGCCAAGAAGGGCUUGUCAGUGAGUGCCAGCUUCUUUGAGAUCUACAGUGGGAAGCUGUUUGAUCUCCUCAACGUCAAGGCUAGACUCAGAAUACUCGAGGACGCCAAACAACAAGUCCAGGUGGUUGGACUGACUGAGGACAACGUGAAGAGUGUGGAGGAUGUGCUGGCACUCAUUCAAACAGGUAACAAGUGCAGGACCUCGGGUACCACAUCAGCCAAUCAGAACUCAUCACGCUCUCAUGCUGUCUUCCAGAUCAUCCUCAGGAAAAGAUCGAAUGGAAAGAUGUUUGGCAAGUUCUCCCUGAUAGACUUGGCUGGCAACGAGAGAGGAGCAGACACUGCCAGUGCUGACAGGAAGACAAGAAUGGAAGGAGCUGAGAUCAACAAGAGCUUGCUGGCACUCAAGGAAUGUAUUCGGGCUCUUGGUCGUCAAGGUGCACAUUUACCCUUUCGAGGAAGCAAACUGACACAAGUAUUGAAGGAUUCCUUUGUUGGAGAUAAGUCUAGAACCUGUAUGAUUGCCAUGAUAUCUCCUGGUCUCAACAGCUGUGAGCAUACUCUUAAUACAUUGCGGUAUGCCGACAGAGUGAAGGAGCUAAAGAGCAAUGCCCUCCCUCUAGCCCUGCCCUCUGAGGAGGAGAGUCAGGCGGCGGCUGGUAGACAGGACCCUCAGGACGAUGGGAGACCACCACCCAUGGAGAAUGACUUGCAUUACCUGCACAGGAGCCUGCAGCAUGAGGAUGGUUCUGUACUGGACAUGGACCGCUCUAGUGACUUGCUCCUGUUCCACGAGGCCAUCAAUAACCUGGUGGAGAGUGAAGAGCAGCUAAUCGAGGAGCACAAGAGCAUCAUCCAGGCGGACCAGUACCUAUUGGAGGAGGAGGCACAGCUGCUGCAGUAUGUGGGGGAGGUUGACCAUGACAUUGAAGAGUACGUCACUCACAUGGAGAGGAUUGUCAGUGAGAAAGUUGAGCGCCUUUCAAGGUUCAAAGCUCGCAUACAGGAUCUGAAACAGCGCCUCCAAGAUGAAGAGAGUGCAAGCAGAAACGUCAAAGUUGUUCCAAAGAAAAAACUAUAGAGCCGUGCCCAAUCUAGAUGUGUGUGUGUACUAGCCUUAGCACCUUAUUAUAUUUAUCUGCAGGUGCUAUUAUAUAGACUCUGUGUUCACAAACAGUUUUACUCAUGGUGUUCAGUCCCACCCACUUAUAUUAUAGUCUGUCACAUGUACAGUUCUUACUCCUGUUGUGAAUUAAGGCAUUGUCUUGUUAAAUAUAUCAUUCUGCAAUUUAA